AUGGCUGCUUCCGAGAAAAUCUUAAUCACCUUGAGGUUACUGGAAUCCGGCGUCGACAAUGAGCAGCAAAGCAGUGACCAUGGACUGCGCCUCCUGGAACGAGCUCGAGAUGCUGGGGACUUUGCCGAUGAGUUCCUCUUGGAAGCAUUACAGCACUUGAUGUCACACAAGGGCCGCUUCGCAAAAAUUCGUGCAUUAGUCCACUUCAUGUCGCUCAGGAUGCGCGCAUGGGCCACUGAAAAGAUGGCCCUCCGUUUCAUCACCAGUCUUGAGGACUUGUCCACUCACCUUUCCCCAGUGCAAGAUCUACCUCCUUGUGAUCUGCUUAAUCUUGAUGAAAAUGCUUCAUCGAGGAAUGUGCAUCUAGGGAAUGUACGUUGGAAUGGAAAUGUCGAGUCGGACAUUGUGGGCCGUGAAGAUGGAGAGCGUGAGCUCCUAGCUAGGUUGACCGUGCAAGAUAAUGAUCAGGACACGUUGAGACUUCGCUUUGUUUCGGUGGUGGGAGAAGAAGCCAUUGGCAAGACGGCUCUUGUGAGGAGUGUGUUCAACAGACUCGAUAUAGAUCAUAGCUUCCAAUGUCGCGUCUGGGUUCAUGUUCCCGAAGAAUUCACCUUGAAAGAUCUCUUGGUGCGGAUACUCAAGCAAACACCUCAGCAAGAACUGAAGGAUCUAGAGCACAUAAAAGAAGAAAACCUAAAAGAGAUCCUUCAUAAGUCCUUGAUGGAAUUGAGGUAUCUCAUCGUGUUUGACAAUUUGCAUGAGGCCAAUGUCAUGGACGAGCUCAUGAUCCUCCUUGUAGACUCGAAGAAUGGAAGCCGAGUCGUCAUCACUACUCCAGUUCCUGAAAUUCCAUCCCUUAUAGACCCCUGGGCUUCUCCUCUCAAAUUGAACAAAUUAGAUGCAGACCAGAGCAAGCGCUUGUUGAGGCAAUGUGGCCCUGUUGCCGAAGAUCCAGGGCUCAUGGCAGGGAUUCUGAGCAAGUGCAGUGGCUCACCUCUGAGCAUUUUGCUGCUUGGAGGAAUCGCAGCGGCAAGCAAUGAUUCUUCUCCUGUCAUGGAGGACCAGCACGCUGAUAAUCACACGCUCCAUGAUAUCGUGUCCUUGAGCUACCACAAAUUGCCUUCCCUGGUCAAGCCCUGUUUGCUUUCCUUGUGCCUCUUUCCCAAAGACAUGGAGAUCCCAACAAGGAGGCUCUUCCGGCUAUGGCUAGCCAAAGGAUUGGUUGAAGCGGUCGGGUUCACGGCCAUAGCAUGCUUUGAAGAAUUGGUCGGUCGAAACUUGGUUCAGGUGGCGAGGCGUAGGAAGCUCAGUGGAAGGCCCAAAUCGUGCCGCGUGCCUAGUUUCCUGCACGAUUUCUUGUGCAAGAUGGCAACGCAACUCAGACUUCUUCAAAUCCAUUCCGACACCCAGUGCACCAAUCACAGCGAGGAAUCCAAGGUUGUUAAUGGAUGCUCAUCAUGGAUUGUGAAGUACCAAGAUGAUUAUUAUCACCAAGGAUUUCAGAAGAGUGCUGAGACAGAGGAUCAUCAGCACAGCGGCAUCCACCUCCAACACCUCCGUUCCUACGUGUCCUUCAAAACUCAGAAGCAUGGUACGCGCUCGAGGGAAGUGGAAGAGUUGCUCCGGCCCUUGAUUGCAAAGGCAGACUGUUGUCUGCUCAGGGUGCUUGAUCUGGAGGGGGUUUACAAGCCAUCGCUCCCGGCUGGACUUGGCAAUGUACUGCUGAACUUGAGGUACUUGGGAUUGCGAUGGGCGGUCCUUGAUUCGAUCCCUGAAUCAGUUGGGAACAUGUCCCGCCUCGAGACGUUGGAUCUGAAGCACACUAACGUUAGGAAUUUGCCAAGUUCGAUUUGGAAGGCGAAGUCCCUCCAGCACCUGUACAUGAACGAGGUAUGCUUCAAUAAGUCCACCAAUCAUCGUGCACCGUUGGCAGAGUACCCGAACAAUCUCCAAACCUUAUGGGGGUUAUAUGUUGGAGCUGCUAAGAGUCCCAUGCUCGACGUGCCUAGUAAAUUGAGCAGUCUCGAGAAAUUGGGACUGACCUGUAAUUCUCCAGCGGUGAAGGAAGCCACCGAGUGCAUGUUGAGGCUCACCAUGCUUCGAUCCCUGAAGCUGAGAUCCAGGGAUCUCUUCGGUCAGCCCUCGGAUCUCAACUUAAGCAACAUGACGGGACUCGAGUGGAUUUCAGAGCUGUACUUGCUCGGGGGCUUGCCUGAAGCCAGCUUGGGGCACCUUCCUCGGAAGCUGAAAAUCCUUACCUUGUCCCUGUCCGGACUAGAUGUUGAUCCGAUGAUGGUCCUAGGAAAGUUUGAGAGCUUGGAAAUUCUCAACUUAUUCGCGGGGUCUUAUAACGGUCGAGUAUUGGGGUGCUCUGCAUCCUCGUUCCCACGCCUUCGCAUCUUGAAAUUGUGGAAGUUAGAGGGAGUGAAAGAAGCUUAUGUAGACGAAACCGCUCUUUGCUGCCUGGAAGAGCUGGAGAUCAAGAAAUGUGGACGCCUAACUUCGAUUCAUUCAUUGGAUCAUAUUGAAUCCCUGAAACAAAUUCGUUUGAUUGAAGUGAAGGAAAAAUUGGCGAAGAACAUCAAAGACGGAUUGCCCCGACGAGUAUUCAUCAAAGAGGACCAAUUGGUGAUCUCUCGUUCGUCUGCGCAGGUAGUAGUAUUUCAUUGCUUUUAG